AUGGAAAAUGCAGACAAAACGGAAUCAUCAAUAAUUAUACUAGAUGAAAUCGAUUUAUCCUCUAAAAAUCAAAAAUUAGAUUUUAAUCCAAAUGUUGAUGUUCAGCAACGAAAAAUACAAUUAAUAGAAAUAACAACAAACGAAAAAUUUCCACCACAACUGAAUAAUAAUGCAUUACCAAUAGGAAUAACAACAUUAGAGCAUAAUAAACUAGAUGAAGGAACAAAGAAGACGGAAGAAAGAACAAAAGCGGAUAGAAUUCUUCAUAGAAUAGGAAUAAAUUUUCUUUUGGUCUUAUUACCUUUUGGAAUGUUAUCGAAUUAUUUGAAUUGGGGAGAUACUUUUACUUUUGUUUUCAAUUUCCUCGCGCUUUUGCCACUUUCGCAUAUUAUGGAUAAAUUGGCGGAUUCCGUAUCAGAAGAAAUUGGUCAGACUCUCGGCAGCUUCUUCCAUGUGACGUUUGGAAAUUCCGUAGACUUGAUACUCGCCACUAUAACUUUAAAAAAUGGAAACAUAAAUAUGGUGCAUUCUUAUUUAUUCGGCUCAAUAAUCUCUAGUCUUUUACUGAUUCUCGGAUUAAAAUGCUUAAUAUUUGGAAUCAAAGUUAAAGAUCUUUCGUAUCCAGACACCACCGCAAAAGUGGAUGCCAGCUUGAUGACAUUAUCUUCAUUGACGUUAGCCGUGUUUAGUGCGUUAAUGUAUAACUCGAAUGCUGGCACGAUAUUGAAAUUCAGCCGGUACGCGGCGUUGUUGAUGCCUUUUAUUUACAGUUUUUACUUGAGAUUUAAGUUAAAAACACAUCAAUAUCUCUACAUCAAAAUUUAUGAGCAAUUCAAGAAACACAAAAAAAGGCAAUUCUCGCUGCAAAAAGCCUUCUUACUAUUAGUAGUAGUUGUCUUAUCAGGACUCUCUGGUGACAUGUUGGUAAAUUCAAUCGAAGGACUUGUUAAUGGUUCGGUGAUGAAUCAAUCUUUUAUUGGAUUAAUUCUGCUUCCUAUAGUGGCAAAAGUGCCAGAGUUCCAUUCGGUGAAAGAAUGUUAUUUCGGUAGACAAAAACUACCAGAAGCCAUUUGUGAAGUAUCAGAUACUUGUGUGCAAAUUUCCUUAUUUAUCGCACCGUUUCUCGUAAUUCUUGGUUGGAUAAUCGGCAAGCCAAUGACACUGGCAUUCGGCCUUGUUGAAACUAUUGCUUUAUUUCUUUCUGUGUAUUUGACAUGCAUAUUUGUUCAGGGAAAAUCAAAUUGGCUAACUGGUAUACUUCGACUUGUCGUUUUUACAAUAAUAGGAAUGGGAUUUUUUUACCUCCCAAGCACUAAUUCCUAA